AUGAAGAGCUGGAGUUCUCGCAUUAACGAUGCUGUGGCAAGGAGCAUUGUUGGCCGCAGAUUUCGGCUUGAGGGCUCCGGACAUCGGCGUGAGCGGGUGGGAGCUCGGUUCCUGACAGAAGUCCGUGCUGGACUUACCACAUUCUUUGCCAUGGCAUAUAUCAUCUCGGUCAAUGCGACUAUUCUAACAGAUUCCGGCGGGCCCUGCGUCUGUACCGAUACCAAAGACCCGACGUGCAAAAAUGAUAUAGACUAUAACCUAUGUUUGAACGUUUUGAAGCGUGACCAGAUCACGGCCACAGCGGCCAUUUCUGCUCUCUCGUCGUUUUGCAUGGGCCUCUUCUCGAACAUGCCUAUUGCUCUUGCCCCUGGAAUGGGACUAAAUGCAUACUUCACGUAUACUGUUGUUGGGUUCCACGGAACAGGGCCAGUAAGCUACGGCCUGGCCUUGACGGCAGUGUUCGUGGAAGGGUUUAUCUUCGUUGCGUUAUCACUGUUUGGAAUGCGCCAGUGGCUAGCUCGAGCGAUGCCGAAAUGCAUCAAGCUUGCCUCUGGUGUAGGAAUAGGCCUAUAUCUCUCACUCAUCGGAUUGACAUAUAGCGCGGGCAUCGGAGCCAUCACAGGCGACAGAGACACACCCGUCACCCUCGGAGGCUGCGUACCAAGCGAGAUGGUAAACGGCGUGUGCCCCGGCGGAGCCAAGAUGCGCAACCCUACGCUCUGGGUCGGGAUAUUCUGCGGCGGCAUCCUAACCUGCAUCCUGAUGAUGUACCGAGUCAAAGGCGCGAUCAUCGCAGGCAUUCUGCUUGUAUCCGUGAUAUCCUGGCCGCGUCCCACCAACGUGACGUACUUCCCUCACGACGCUCUGGGAGACGACGCAUUCGCCUUCUUCAAGAAAGUAGUCACAUUCCACAAGAUCGAAAGCACCCUUGUCCAACAGGACUGGGACCUCAGCAAAGCAGGCAGCCAGUUCGGGCUGGCGCUACUUACCUUUCUGUACGUCGAUAUCCUCGACGCUACGGGGACGAUGUAUUCCAUGGCACGGUUCUGUGGGGCCAUCGACGAACGAACACAGGACUUCGAAGGGUCCGCGAUGGCAUAUACGGUUGACGCACUGAGUAUUUCCAUCGGCUCUCUGUUCGGUUCGUCGCCCGUCACUGCCUUCGUGGAGUCGGGCGCCGGUAUCUCUGAGGGAGGCAAGACGGGCCUUACAGCCAUGACGACGGGGGUAUGUUUCUUUGUAUCUAUUUUCUUUUCGCCUAUCUUCGCUUCGAUACCGCCCUGGGCGACGGGGUGCACGCUUAUACUGGUUGGAUGCAUGAUGGUGCGAGUGGCUUCUGAUAUCAACUGGCGGUACAUGGGUGACGCAAUACCUGCGUUUGUGUGCCUUGCUAUCAUGCCGUUUACGUAUUCGAUUGCGUACGGCCUUAUAGCGGGCAUACUGACGUAUGCGUUACUCAACACGCUUGUGAAGGUUGUCGAGGUGCUGUCUGGUGGCAAGAUGGUGCCUGAGAAUAAGGAGUUUAAGGACCCCUGGACGUAUAAGGUUCCCGGGGGCGUGUUGCCUGGCUGGAUGCGGCGGCUGGUCAGGGGUAAGAGGGACUUUUGGCGAGAGGACGAGGAUGGGCUUGACGGGGAGGCUGCGGCUGCGGCGGCGGCUGGGGCUGAGGUUAAGCUUGAUGGAGUGGUGAUGGGCGGGAUGGAGCAGAAGAAGGCGGCCUUGUCUGCUUCGGAGGAGUUUGAUAAGAUGUCAUGA